CAGAACGUUCAGUCCUAGUGAAUGAAAACAAAUCUUUAAGAAUCGUGUUAUUGUAUUUUUCAUUUUUUGGAAGCAUGGACGUCAUAAUAAAUCAUGACAGUGUAGACGAAGAAGAACAAGAGGCUGUGGAUAAUCUGAGAAAAGUCCAAGGACAAAUCAACGAACUGAUCAACAUACUAAAUACUAAUGUCCAGACAUUGCAGGAGAGAGGCGGAAAUUUGGAAGCACUGGAAGGCCUCUCGGAUCAACUACUUGAUAAGGCCAGUGAAUUCAAAGUUAUCACAAGAAGUAUGAGGUACAAACACCUGGCCAGGAACAACAAAUGGUGCCUGUUGUCCGUUGUGCUAGCCUUCCUCCUUGUGGGAGUAAUUAUUGGGGUGGUGGUUUUAGGAAUAAAACUAUCGUCCUCUUAAUGUCAUGUACUUAGAAGACUGGGUGAUAUUUCUGUGUCAGCAUGCCUAUACAGUUUAACAGUAUGGUGCACCAAUAUGUCUAAAAAACAGAUUCUAGAAGACAGAUUUUUUAAAUAAGCACCAUCUUUAAUCUUAAUGACCUUGUUAGCAAAAUACAAUCGAAUGUUGAUUAAAUCGACAUUUUUCAUACAAAUAAUUAGACCAUUAUUCUCACAAUAGAAUUUUUUUAACGAAUUUUCUGUUUAUCCGAACAAACAGCAAUUGUGACCGGUCAACAGGGGAUGCUUACUCUUCCAUCGCACUUGAUCCCACCUCUGAUGUUUUUAGAGGCCCAGGUUUGCUCUGCUCACCAUUUGUAAUUUGUUUCAAUGGACUUUUAGUUUGAUUACUGUUCAUUAUAUUUAUAUUUCAUUGUAUGAUUUAUAUGUAACGAAUAUCUAUUUUAACUGAUAUCUUUCUACAAAACAAUCAUUAUGUUCAUAAAUGGUUACCUACAGUUAUUACAGAUUUACAAGAUUUUUCUACCAUUUUUAACCAAACUUUACAAAAUGUGUCCUUAGGUAAACGAAAUGUCAAUUAUUUUAAUAAUUAUUAAUGAGAUAAUUAAGAAAUGACACCUAGUUAAUAUAGUGUGGAAUCACUCCAGUAAAUAUAGUGUGGGAUCACUUCAGUAAAUAUAAUGUGGGAUCACUUCAGUAAAUAUUGUGUGGAAUCACUCCAGUAAAUAUUGUGUGGGAACACUCCAGUAAAUAUUGUGUGGGAUCACUUUAAAAUCUUCACAAGAAAAACUGGGCUCAUAGUGAUGAAACAUGUGCAAGUUUCCUUGUUGUGUUUAGAUUAAUUUGUUGAUAUCAUUGGUCCUGGAAGAAGGGCGGGGAUGCAAUAAAUGGUAAAAGUGUUACAUACAUUUAGGAAUACACAACGAACAAUCAUUUGUAUUCUUUUCUUCAUUAUCAGUGAUAUACAUGUAUAAGGAUUUCCCAUAAAGUGUGACUCUAAUAAGUAAAGUCAGUGAUAAACAUGUACAAGAAUUCCCCAUGUAGUGUGACUCUAACAUGUGCAAAUAACGAAUCAUUUGAUUAGUCAAAUCAUUAGGCAAUCAUCUUCAGUAUUGUUGAUCAGUGCAAGAGUUUUCAUACAUGUAUUCAUAUUUAUUUAGUUUGGAAAUAAAGGGUGACUCUGGUGAGCGUUGUGGCUCGUGGGCCUCUGUACUUAUACCAUGCUUGCUAGUUACAGAAUAUGCUUUUGUACAUAUGAUGUAGAUAAAAUACAAAGGUGCUUUUUUAUUGUAUAAGAAAUAUUAUGUAUACCAGUAUAUGCAUAUAUUAUAGGUACUUCUUUACCUACUACUUAAUAUAGCAUUUUUGCCGUUGUUUUUAGAAAUAAAUAUUGUGAUGCUCUAUAA